GGCGGCGCCCAGCGGAAUAGAGGCCGCGUUUGGGAUUUGCUGAAGCUGACUCCCUUUCUCACUAGUCCUUUGGACGCAAAGAGCCGCGAGCCCCGAGGACGGGGGCCGGGCGGGGACAAGGGUACCUGCGUAGCUGGACCGCGAGCCCGCGCCCAGCCUGCGCCUCCCCCACCCGGCCCCGGCCCGGUCCCAUCUGUUCCCGGUCUCCUCUCGGUCUGACCCACUGCCCGCCCGUGGUUCGCCACCACCAGGCCUCCAAAGCUGAGAUAUCUCCUCCAGCCCGGGCUCACCUCCACUUUAGAGAUGUUUGGCCUCUUCUCUUCCAAACGGGCCGCAUUCAAAACCGGGACUCCUGGACCGGCACCUAGUCCCCUUUCCCUCCACUGAGACUCCACUUCGCUCUAACCCACACCUUCCUCUGAUUCUUGAUUCUCCCUGGCGUGGAGACUGCUCAUUUCCCUCCCAAAUUAAUCUCUGACGCCCUCAAAUAUUGUCAACCUUGACACGCUCCUCAGCCGGGAGUCAGACUUCCUUUUGGAUUAACCUCCACAGACCUAUCAUGGAGGCUGUGUACCUGAUAGUGAAUGGGGUGGGCCUUGUCCUGGACCUGCUGACCUUGGUGUUGGAUCUCAACUUCCUGCUGGUGUCCUCCCUCCUGGCUUCUCUGGCCUGGCUGCUGGCCUUCAUCUACAACCUGCCACACACGGUACUGACUAGUCUUCUGCACUUGGGCCGCGGAGUCCUGCUUUCGCUGCUGGCCUUGGUGGAAGCCUUGGUCCGGUUCACCUUUGGGGGCUUGCAGGCCUUGUGUACGCUGCUGUACAGCUGCUGCUCUGGCCUGGAGAGCUUAAAGCUCCUGGGGCACCUGGCCUCUCACGGGGCACUGAGGAGCCGGGAGAUACUGCACCGGGGUGUCCUCAAUGUGGUCUCCAGUGGCCAUGCCUUGCUGCGCCAGGCCUGUGAUAUCUGUGCCAUUGCCAUGAGCCUGGUGGCCUACGUGAUCAACAGUCUGGUCAACAUCUGCCUUAUUGGCACUCAGAACCUUUUCUCCCUGAUGCUGGCCCUGUGGGAUGCAGUGAUGGGGCCCCUGUGGAGGAUGACAGACGUUGUAGCUGCCUUCCUAGCCCACAUUUCCAGCAGUGCUGUGGCCAUGGCCAUCCUCCUCUGGACCCCCUGCCAGCUAGCGCUGGAGCUCCUAGCGUCGGCUGCCCGCCUCCUGGCCAGCUUUGUGCUUGUCAAUGUCACCGGCCUGGUGCUGCUGGCUUGUGUGCUGGCAGUGAUGGUGACCGUGUUGCACCCGGACCUCACUCUGAGACUGGCCACCCGGGCACUCAGUCAGCUCCACGCCCGGCCGUCUUACCACCGGCUCCGAGAAGAUGUUGUGCGGCUCUCUCGCCUCGCACUGGACUUGGAGGCCUGGCGCCGAGUCUGGAGCCGCAGCCUGCAGCUGGCGACCUGGCCAAGCCGAGGAGGGGCCCCCGGGGCCCCUCAGGGUGGCCCCAGGAGGGUGCCCUCAGCCAGGACCUGGCGACAGGACACCCUUCCUGAAACCAGGCCCAGAUCAGAGGCAGAAGAGGAGGAGGUCAGGAUGGUCAGGGUGACAGCUGCCCGCGGCCGGGAGAGGCUCAACGAAGAGGAGCCUGUAGCCGGGCAGGACCCGUGGAAGCUGCUCAAGGAGCAAGAGGAGCGGAAGAAGUGUGUCAUUUGCCAGGACCAGAGCAAGACGGUGCUGCUUCUGCCCUGUCGGCACCUCUGCCUGUGCCAGGCUUGCACUGAGAUCCUGAUGCGCCACCCCGUCUACCACCGCAACUGCCCACUCUGCCGCCGGGGCAUUCUGCAGACCCUCAACGUCUACCUCUGAAGACUCCUUCCAUGUCUGCCCACCCUUCCGUGCUCCACGAAGCCACCUGUGCUAGGACAGCUUUAACACCUGACCUCUCGA